UCCUUUCCGGCCGUUCUGUGGAGCUGAGGCGGCCGAGUGUCGCCACUCCUGCCCGGCUCUGGGGCGGAAGAGACAGCGCGAGGGGGCAGCCUCCAACUCCUCCUCCUGUCCGCCGAGAGAGGCGCGGGCUGGGCUGGGCUUCCUCCCCACCUGCAGCAACACGCCCGCCCACCCAGGUCGGCCCUGCACGACAGCCUUGCAGGUGACCUCCAGGGGCAGCCGCCAUGGGGCUCCUCUCCGACCCCUACCGCAGGCGGGCCCUCUCCCGCCUCAUCCUGCGGCUGAACACCCCGCUCUGUAUCAUCAGUUUCCUGGUGGGGCUGGGCUGGUUCCUGGGCCUGGCCUUCCAGCCCUUCACGCUGCGCAUCUACAUGUCGGAGAACGCCAUGGGCUCCACGAUGGUGGAGGAGCACUUUGUCUACGGGGAGCGCGCUCUGUCCUACGCCCGCGAGUUUGCCGGCCACAAGAAGAAGGCCGGGGGGAUGCCGGUAGCCUGGCUGGAGAAGACCAUGUGGACUCUGGGCCUGGAGGUGUACAAGCAGACCUUUUCCCGCACGCUGCCUUUCCCUGAUGAGAUGCGGGAGAGAUAUAUGGUGAAGGGCACCAAUGUCUAUGGGAUCCUGCGGGCCCCACGCGGGGCUAGUACGGAGUCCUUGGUGCUGAGUGUCCCGUGCAGUGAGGGGCAGCACAACAACCAAGCCGUAGGGCUGAUGCUGGCGCUGGCCUCCCACUUCCGAGGUCAGAUCUACUGGGCCAAAGAUAUCAUCUUCCUUGUGAACGAGCACGACCUGAUUGGCAUGGAAGCCUGGCUGGAGGCGUAUCACGACGUCAACGUCACAGAGGUGCAUUCCUCGGGGAUGCUGGGCCGAGCGGGAGCCAUCCAGGCGGCCAUCUCCUUGGAGCUGAGCAGCGACGUCAUCACCAGCUUCGAUGUGGCUGUGGAGGGCUUGAACGGGCAGCUGCCUAACCUGGACCUGGUCAACCUUUUCUAUGCUUUCUGCCAGAAGAAUGGGCUUCUCUGCACCAUCCAAGGCAAGCUGCAGCGCUCGGACUGGGACUCGCUGCCGGCCUAUCUCCACUCCCUGCAGACGCUGCUGCUGAUGGUCCUGAAGCAGGGCUCUGGCCGGCCGCAGGGGGACCACGGCCUCUUCCUGCGCUACCACGUGGAGGCCAUCACGCUGCGCGGCAUCAACAGCUUCCGCCAGUACAAGUUUGACAUGGGCAUGAUGGGCGCGACCCUGGAGGGGAUGUUCCGGAAGCUGAACAACCUGCUGGAGCGCCUCCACCAGUCCUACUUCUUCUACCUGCUGCCCUCACUCUCCCGCUUCGUCUCCAUCGGGGUCUACAUGCCGGCCUUUGGGGCUCUCGUCCUCAUCCUGGUCCUCAAGGCCCUGGACCUGUGGAUGAAGCUAAGCAGAUACGAUGUGGAGCCCAACCACGGGCUCUGUGACGGAGACCCAGGCCCUGCUCCUGUCGCGGUGGAGGAGCCGAAGCCCAGCCUGCUGAUGCUGGUGCCCCCGCUGCUGAUCUGCCACGCCACGGGGCUCGCCCUCUACUUGGUGCCCAUCCUGGGGCAGGACGUGGCCACCCGGCACUUCCCCGUCUCUGAGUCGGAGGCUGUGGUGCUGACGGCCAUCGCCAUCUAUGUGGCAGGGCUGGCACUGCCCCACAACACACACAGGGUCCUGUCGGGCGCCAGCAGCGACCGGGGCUGGAUGACGCUGAAGCUGCUGGCCCUGCUCUACUUGGCCAUGCAGCUGGGCUGCAUGGCCCUCAUCAACUUCUCCCUGGGCUUCUUGCUGGCUGUCACGAUGGUGCCCGUGGCCGUUGUCGUCCAGCCCACGGGGCCCAAGUAUCUCUACGCUCUCCUGCUGAUCCUGGUCACCCCGGCUGCCACCCUUCUCCUCGGCAUCUUCCUCUACCAAGAGCUCGUGGAGUACCCCAUCUCCGUGCUGGAGGGCUGGCAGCGUUUCCUCCAGGCCAUUGCGGAGGGCUUGCUGGACCACCACCUCUACGGCUCCAUGGUCUUCCCCUUCGUGGCCCUCUUUGUCUACCCCUGCUGGCUGCUGCUCUGGAAUGUGCUCUUCUGGAAGUAGCGCUGCUCCCUGGAGCCACCUCUGUGCUUGAACUGCCUGGCCAGCCUCUUCCCGGGGGAGCCAGUGGAGAGGCCUGUCCCUCUGGCGCAAGUGGCAUCCUUCAGGCCACGGCGGUUUCUGGAAGGCAGGACGGGGAGAAGGAGAACUCCCAGGCUGCUGCUGCUGCUGGACUGCAGGACCAUGGCAGGUGCACCUGCUGCCACUCUGGAUGGUUCUGGGCUGUGACAGAAAGAGAGCUGCUCCUUCGAGGGAGGGGGGAAGCACAGCUGGCAGCAGCUUCGGCUGGCUAGUUUGAGCCUGGCUGUGUUUGGGGCAGGAAGGACCUUGCACACACUCCGGCCAAGACUGCUAGUGUGCCACAAGCAAGCACACUAGUAGCCACAAGAGGGCCAGCAGCUGCCAGGCUCUGUGUGUGUGUGUGUGUGGGGGGGGGCUUCCUCCAAUCUCUGACCGGUCAAUAAAGAGAAGUGGCUUGAAGGUGA